CUCUACUCUUUUGCCUAUAAAUAGAGCCCAAAACUCCAACCCCACAACUCACACCUGCUCAAAAGCCUUCACAAAACAAAACCUUUUAGCAAACAACAAAUAACCUCUCUCAACCGCUCAAUAACUCCAUCACUCUUCAGCCAAGAAAAUCAAGAAAAAUCAUGGUUUGCUUCUGUUUUCUAGUUGAUCAGACAAGGAAGGUGAGGAGGAGCAAACCGGCGGCCGGAAUUUGCUCAAGAUGCGGGGGAGGAGCCAGUGUGGCUGAUAUGAAGACUGCUACAAGAUUCUGCCAUGUACCCUUUUACUGGAAGACUUGGAGGGCAAUAAUAUGUACAUUUUGUGGAGCAAUUCUCAGGUCUUACCACUGAAAACAGAGCAGUUGAAUCGUUGCUGCAGUUUGAGAUACUUCCACUAAUUAAUAUGAGUGUUUUGUACUGAAUUUGACUGGUUCUUUUUCAUGGAUUGUUCAUCAUGAUUAUAGAUAUUGGUUUAGAUGUACUAACUUAUUUUUAGUUUCUAGAAAACAGAAUAGGAAAUAAUCUGUUUCUGACCUUAUCAGAGAUUUUUAAUGUUGAUUCUAUAUUUAUAUUUUCAUCUGUUGCCACUUGCCCGUGAGUGGUGUGAAAGAAGGCCUUCACCUUCCUUCUUCUCAUUCUGCAGCUGAAAAUAUCAAUCUUACAUAAGACUUUCUGAA